CCCAGCUGCUCUUCAUAUUCUGGAAGGACAAAGUCACUAAGCAAAUACCCCCGCCGUUGAUGGAUGUGCAAUAAAUGGCAAUCAGUCUUUUGACACUCUCCCCUUGCUUACUCACGUAUCUUCCAUCGAUAUCCGCGGUGCUGUUUUUCAUUAUCGUUCUCGUCCAACCAGACCGUGAUGAGGCAGACAUUUUCUUCUCAAUCCCAAGUACCUCAGGCUGUUCGGACGAGUCGGACAGCCUGUCGGACGGGGCGACUCUUACAGGUGCUGGUCCCGUCCGGGUGGGCCUGUUGUUGAACCAGAUCCCGAGCUCCAGCCGGACGGGUGCAAGUUCUUUCUCAGGACCCAGUGAGGUGCAGCGUGGUGUUGUUCCGUGGCUGGUACAGCUGGCUCACCGACGAGUAUCUUGGGCUCGGAACAACAAUGUACGGAAUUAAAUUAAUAGGGGUUGAAGCAUAUAGUUCUAUUAUACACGCUCUGUUACUUACGACAUCAUGGCAACUAGCAGAUGAUGGCACCUCUUGCUGGAGGCUUGCACACAGUCACACUCCUGGCAUGCUCGCCUCCCUUGC